GUCGUCCUCCGGACGGUCGCUUGCGACGCUUUCCGCGCGCAAAUCGCGAAUUUCUCCGGGCGUUCAGCGCCGCCUCCACGACUCGUCGCGUACGAAUAUUUUAUAUCCCCUCUGCGUUCAACUGAUCGCGGCGGUGGGUCACCAUCUUAGAGCUGUCAUAUUGCUGUCAAACACCGAGCCACUGCUGACGAUCCCACGGAGUCGCGUCGUCCGGACUCCGACAUUCCGCCUCGGCGCGAGGUACGCGAUCCUCGGACAUCCGCGAUCGUCGUACGGCGCGUUGACGGGUGGACGCGACCCCGCGAUCCUAUAGGUCGACGACGGAAGUCACGGCGCCAUUCGUGAUUCCCGGACACGCGCCCCGCCAGCUUCUUUCUCGCUGUAAAUAAUCAUCGUUGACGGGGGAUCAGGUCAAGUUCUCGCGAUCGUUUUUCCGAUGCAUCCUCGUUGAGGGUAACAUUAAGAAGCGAAGGAGAGAGAGAGAGAGAGAGAGAGGAGGAGAGCAGGAGGAGAAGGAAAAGUCGUUGACGGGGCACGAACGCCCCGCCAGGAAGGGACGCCCUGGCGGAGACUCGGAACGGCGAGACGACUGACGUCGUGAAGUCGAAUGUCGAGGGAUUGCGAGCGAACAUGGACGAGCACGAGAUACUGCUUCUUCCGCCCUUCUCAGGUGCCAGCAGCAAGGAGCGCGCCAGGAAGAAGCUGUGGCGCAGCGCGGUAGAGAUAGUGGCGAGCGACGACGAGGAUUCGGAUGCGGACGAGCACGAGUGCGCCUUCUUCCCGGCUAAGCGGCACUGCACGCAGUUGACCAAAACCACCGAGGCUUGUUCGGACACGGAACAGCACACAAGUGCAGAGACGCCAGCCAGCAGCGUGGGAAAUCUCGAUUACGACGAAAUUAUAUACCAAAUACAGAUCGAGGAGAAGCUAAAGUUAUGGCAGGCUUUCCAAGAGGAAGAGGGAUCUAUGGAUAAUACCAUCAAUGAAGUUUUAGCUUACUACAGAAUGAUGUAUCCGUCUGAUCCUCUGAACGAAGAGUCUGUCGGUUCCAGGUUACAUAUGUCAUACAGAGGGAACGAGAUGGAGGACACAGCGGUGACAAUGGCGAUCCGUAAUCACGGCUUAGUCCAGUCGGCCGAGCUCCCUCUUCAGCCUCAUUACUGUAAAUGCAUAGGUGUUGAUUGUUCCUUUUCGUCCAAAUGUAUGUAUGAACUCGAGGACUUCGCGGUCUACAGUAAUGUAGAAACGGGGCGAUGCAAUGCGUUGGAUGCGGAUAAAGUGUACGAGUGUGAUCAGCCGGAAGACUUCCUGGAGCGCGCCGUAGGUGAGGCGAUCAAGAAGAAAGGUCUAAGCGCUCUGAGUGUGGAUUACGGUUGAAUACACUUCGUUAACGUCUGCUCUAAUUCCUUUGAUGUAUUUAUAUAUAUAUAUAUAUAUACAUAGUAGCGUAAUACGUCCCUAAUUGUUGUGCUCUGUAAACCUAUCGCGACUUCGUUUUUGAUAGCUGAUUUUUGUCGUACGACAGUUACAAUGUGUUAUCCUAUGAACGAUAAUCUCGAAAAUACUUUAUACUUGAAUAUAAUAUACAUAUAAACAUUCCGAUGUAAUGACUCGCUUACGACAAGACAAGUUUGAACUUUAUUUUAUUUAGUAAUGUGAAGUAAU